UGUUAUAUUUAGACAUUUUUUACAGUUUGUUAAUAAGUAAGUUGUUUCAAAAUAGUUAUCAUGAGCAACCCUGCUAAUAUUCGUUUGCUGGAUAAUACUUUAAGCAACAUUAGUAAAAUGUUGUAUUAUAUUCGGACUGGAUCUCAAGAACUUACAAGUGCUGGACUAGAUUUACUCGAAAAUCAGGUUGAAAAUCCGGGUAUCACAGAUCUUCAAGAUUCAUUGGUUGAAUUGUUAAAAGCUGAACAAAGAGUGAAUGCAUUUUCAUCAUCUAUCAAUCAACUAAAAACAAAAUGGCAGCAGGGAGAACUUGAUGAUUCAGUGGAUAUUGUUCAGGUUUUGGAAGACAGUUUGAAAGAGGAAGAAUUGAAACAUGAUGAUGUUGCAAAUAUUUGGGAACAUGAACUGAUGAAAAACUUCACUGAACAAAUUAAAGCUGUUGAUGAAAAUGUUCCUCUUCAACAAGGUCCAAAUGCUUCAGAACCUGGUACUUCUGCUCACAACACUUCAGGAGAUAUACAAGCUACAGAAACACAGUCAGGAACAAAGUGUCCUAUUACUCAGGUCGAGAUGACGGAGCCUUACAAAGAUACAGUUUGUGGUCACAGAUUUGAAAAAAAUGCAAUUAUCGCUCAUGUCAAGCAAUGUCAGAAAAGACGAAAAAAGGCUAAAUGUCCAUAUCCGGGCUGUACCAACAUAAUCCAAAUGUCGCACUUAAAAGAUGAUGCAGUUAUGAAACGAUCAAUCCAUUCAAGAAGAAGAGAUGGGGAAGGCACCAGUCAUUGAGACUACAUUGUCUGAGUGUCCAACUCAAUGAAGCAAGCAGAUGCAACAUAAGCAAAAAUGCCCAUCAACAUGAGAAAAACAAUGCAUGUUAUGUCAACAGCUCAAGUGGGAUUUGUUUUAUGAGAGGCAUAGGCUACAGAUAAGGCUUCGAAAAAUGCAAUUCUGGAGUAUUAAGACUCAUUGUAAAAAUAGCCCAUAUGAGCAUUUUUAUGUUUUUAUUUUCAUCGUUAUAAUACUGAUUUUACAUGUCAACAGCAAAAUAAAUUGAAGAUAAUACGUUGAUAAAA